AUGGCGGAAAACGAGCAGGGAAUCCAUUCUAACGGCACGAUUCAUUUCGAGACGUCCGACGCCAUUCCAACACUCGAAGGAAAAGGCGUGCUCGUCACGGGCGGGGCGACAGGAGUGGGGGCAGCGGUCGUGACAGCGCUGGCCACUGCAGGCGCGUACGUUACCAUCGCUGAUAGCGUUGCAAACGAAGGCCAGCGCUUGAUGCUAGAUCUGGUCAAUCAGAACAAACACGUUCAAUACCUCCACACCCCCCUUUCCUCCUUCCGCUCGCAAACGGAAACCUUCGCCCACGCCUCCGCUUUCUCCCCAACCGGCGCCCUCUCCCUCGUGAUCAUCAACACCCUUUCUUCCGCCUUGUCUCCCUCCUUUGCGCCUACCGACUCUCUGUUCGACUGGCUCGCCAACCCCCCUUCCGUCCCGGGCUUCCCGCCUACCUUGGGCCCUCCACCAACCGCGCCGGUCGACCUCAGCGUCACCGCCGUCUUGUACUCCGUACACCUGGCCUUCCAUCAUUUCAAGGCCGCUGCUUCUACUCCCGCUGCUGCUGGCGUGAAAGCAGCGGGCGAUGGAGGUGGAGGUGAUUGUUCGACGCACGUGAAUGUGGAGAGAAAUCUCCUCUUCUUGGCGCCGCGGGCGUACGUUGAGCAGGAUGGGCUGAGGCCAGGUGCGCUGGCAUCCGGCGCGGCGGCGGCGGGGCUACGAGCUGUAUUCAAGGAUUUGAGGGAUGCGGUGAAAAGGGGCGUGCCGGGCUUGGAGGGGUCUGAUGUGAGGGUCAAUUUGGUCGCGGUAGGGGAGGUGUCGAAGAGUGAUGGCAUGAACAAAAGCGGAAUCAGCGCCGGGAAGCAGGUCAAGGCUGAUGGAGUGCUGUUGGAAGAGGAUGAGGGGGAGAAGCACGAAGUGUAUGUGGAUGCGGUUAUGCGGGUGGUGCGUGAUGGUAGCUUGCAUGGUUGUGCUCUAGCUGUCUCGGAUGAUGGUGUGCAGGGUGUAAAAGUUUGA